GGCGGGGCGCGCGGGGGCGGGGGCGGGGGCGGGCGCGGCGGCGCGCGGAGGGGCCGGUGGGCGCCGCGGCGCGGAUGUUCGCCGAGGGCGGCCGCGGCGGCGGCCCGGGCGGCCUGCAGAACAUUGCCUUAGCUUGCAACGUGCCAUCCCAUUGCUGUGCUACAAUCUGAGGCUUAAACCAGCUGUCCUUUGAUCCUGCCAAUAACAACAAACCUCUGCAGUUCAGCAACGCAGCUGGCCCUCGGGUGUCAGAAAGCCCAGCUGAGAAUGGAGGUGACCCGAGCAAGAAGAGAAAGAGAGCAAACAUUCCUCCAGAUGGUGGCAGAAAUCUAAGCCUGGACUCCAUCCCGAUGGGCUUGCCGAUGUCAGACCCAACUGCCUGGGCCACUGCGAUGAACAACCUUGGGAUGGCUCCUAUGGGGAUGACGGGACAGCCACUUCUGCCUGAUUUUGAUCCUGCUCUUGGCAUGAUGACUGGAAUCCCUCCAAUCAACCCCAUGAUGCCAGGCCUGGGGAUAGUCCCACCUCCCAUCCCUCCGGACAUGCCUGCUGUGAAGGAGAUCAUUCACUGUAAAAGCUGUACUCUCUUCCCACCUAACCCACAUCUUCCUCCUCCAGCAACAAGAGAGAGGCCUCCUGGAUGUAAGACAGUGUUUGUUGGAGGACUGCCGGAAAACGGAACUGAACAGAUCAUUAUGGAGGUUUUUGAACAAUGUGGAGAAGUUAUAGCUAUUCGGAAGAGUAAAAAGAAUUUCUGUCACAUUCGCUUUGCUGAGGAGUUCAUGGUGGACAAGGCACUUUAUCUCUCCGGCUAUCGUAUCAGGCUAGGCUCCAGCACUGACAAAAAGGAUACUGGGCGCCUGCAUGUGGAUUUUGCUCAGGCUCGCGAUGAUCUGUAUGAGUGGGAAUGUAAACAGCGGAUGCUGGCACGAGAGGAACGCCAUCGCCGAAGGCUGGAAGAGGAGAGAUUCCGCCCUCCGUCCCCACCUCCCGUUGUCCAUUACUCUGACCAUGAAUGCAGCAUUGUUGCUGAAAAACUUAAAGAUGACACAAAGUUCUCAGAAGCCGUACAGACCUUGCUAACAUGGAUAGAGCGUGGAGAAGUCAACAGAAGAACUGCAAACAACUUCUACUCUAUGAUUCAGUCAGCCAACAGCCACAUUCGCAGACUAGUGAAUGAAAAAGCAACUCAUGAGAAAGAGAUGGAAGAAGCUAAGGAGAAAUUCAAACUUGCUCUCUCAGGGAUUCUAGUUCAGUUCGAGCAGAUAGUGGCCGUGUACCAUUCUGCCUCCAAACAAAAGGCUUGGGACCAUUUCACGAAAGCUCAGCGUAAGAACAUCAGCGUGUGGUGCAAACAAGCAGAGGAAAUUCGUAACAUUCAUAAUGAUGAACUAAUGGGUAUUCGAAGAGAGGAGGAAAUGGAAAUGUCUGAUGAGGAAAUUGAAGAUCCAUCAGAGAUGAAAGAAACAGAAGAAUCAGCACUGGUAUCGCAGGUGGAAGCCCUGAAAGAAGAAAAUGACAGUCUGCGCUGGCAGCUGGAUGCCUACCGGAAUGAGGUGGAACUGCUAAAGCAAGAACAAGGCAAAGCAAGCAGAGAUGAAGACACAACUAAAGAGCAGCAGCUGAAGCUCCUCCAGCAGGCUUUGCAGGGAAUGCAGCAGCAUCUUUUGAAAGUGCAAGAUGAAUAUAAAAAGAGAGAAGCUGAGCUAGAAAAAGUGAGAGAAGACAAACUGAAAAUAGAAACAUUAUUAGAAACCCUUAAGGAGCAGCAAAGCCUAGCAGAUGAAGAGGACAAGGAGAGAGAUGUGAUUGAUUGUCAAGGAAACGAGAGCAGUACAUCCAGGAUUUGUGCAUGCAGCCAGGAAAAGGAAUGUCCAGCUGAGAAGACACUGAGCAAUAGUCCUGUGAAAUCCGAACGAGAAGCUCUAUUAGUUGGAAUAAUUUCAACGUUUCUUCAUGUGCACCCGUUUGGAGCCAGCAUAGAGUAUAUCUGUUCCUACCUGCAGCGGCUGGACAGCAAGAUCUGCACCACAGAAGUGGAAGUUCUCAUGACCCGCCUCCAACAUACCUUCAAACAGGAGUUGAGUGGGGUUGGGGCUAGUCUAGAGAAAAGAUGGAAGUUUUGUGGCUUUGAUGGAUUGAAGAUGACUUGAGCUACAGCCUGACUGAUUUAGCACUGAAAACAGCAGCAGAACAUGUGCAUCAAGGAAACCUAGGAUGCCUCUUACCUCUGUUCAUGAUGAUUACCUUGCACGCGUCACAGACUCGGGUGGAAUAAUAUGUAAGUGAACUCACAAGUCUAGAGCAGCACCUGGAAGAAACUUCAAGUGCUGUAGCUUCUCUGAUCAGUUAUUUUGUUAACGAUCAAGUGCUGUCUGAUAUAUUUUGUGGACAAAGUUCAUGUCUGAUAUUUUUAAGCACAGCAUAUUAACUAUAUGUUUGCCAACGUGUAUGUGUUUUGUGUGCCCAAAUCUCUCCUCCUGUACCUUGUUUUUACUAGCAAGAACAGCCAUAGACUGUUCUCUGAAGCAAAAACAAAGAGAUGUUUUCUGAUUUGUAGAACCACCAAAAGGGGAAAAACAGCUUUUUUUCUUUUAGACAUUUAUAUGAUUAAAAACUGAGCUCUGUUUAAACAGAAAAAGAGAUUUAGGUGACUCAGAGUCUCUGAGCUUAACAAUCAGUUCUUUUUCACACUAUUUUCUCUACUAAUGGUUGAACAGUUAAUAGGAAGGCAGUGUCACUAGGAGCAGCAUGGGAUCAUGGCAGUGCCUUCAUAGACCUCUUUGGGUCUAUGCAUUGCAGAAUCAGUCUGUAAAUAAUCUUUUACAUGGGAAGGGUAUUUAAUUUUCUACUGAUCUGUGUGGGGUGGAGGGCCUGCUUCAGAUCUGUAUUUUGCUAAUGGCUUCUCCUUCUGGCGUACCAUCAAAGUUUUCCACCCAAUUUGCUUUCAAGACUGGGCUUCUAGAAGCAUCGGAGGCAGCACUGGCUUUUUGCCUCCUGAAUCUCCCAAAGGCUGUUAUUCAUGUUCUUAAUAAACUCCAGGCUCUACAACCCUAUGCAGAAGGUUAGUAAGAUGUAGGCUAAAAUGCUUAAAGGAAAAAAAAAGAAAGAAAAGAAAACGAAACAAAACAACACAACACAAAAAAAACCCUCUCUAUCUUCAGAGGGGUCUGGGAGUGGAUGCCUCCUGGAACUGAAGCAGCUAGCAAGGGACUUGUGCGCAGGUUGUCGCAGCGCAGAGAACGGGUGAAACGAACCUUUUGGUGUGGGACCUGGCUGGCUGCCUGCCAGUGGCCUGCCUGCUCCUGACAUGGAAGGAUUGCUACACUGGAAGCAGCUGUAAACCCUUUUGAAGAAAUCCUCUGUGAAUAUUUGUGUCACUGCAGCUGGACAUUGUAUUUUUAAGAAAUAAACAUUUUUUUUUUAUGUUCAA